CCAGCUAGCUCCGCAUACUUUCCCCUUGCUCUCUCUCACCAUCAUCAUCCAACGACCGCUCCCUCGAACAACCGGGCCAAGCCCCGAUCUGUCGGCGUGCGUGGUCGACCGAUCAAGCUCCGGCCGGACGCUGGCGAUCAGUUCGCCGCAGCGGGAAGCCGGUGGUCGAUACAUUCCAAGGUUCCUCGAGGAAUAGUAUAUACAUAGCUGCUGCCUGCCUGCUGAGACAGAGCGCGCGAUGACAAUGAGGAGCAGAGGAGGCGCCACGGCGUGGGUUCUUGCCGUGGCCGUGGUCGCCGCGUCGGCGUUCUUCCUGGCGUCCGAGGCGGCCGGCGCCGCCUCCGCCGCGCCACACAACUACGAGGAGGCUCUGCGCAAGAGCCUGCUCUACUUCGAGGCCCAGCGGUCGGGGCGGCUGCCGCACGGCCAGCGGGUAUCCUGGCGCGACCACUCCGGCCUCACCGACGGCCUCGAGCAAGGGGUGGACUUGGUGGGCGGGUACUACGACGCCGGCGACCACGUCAAGUUCGGCCUGCCCAUGGCCUUCACCGUCACCAUGCUGUCCUGGAGCCUCCUGGAGUACGGCGGCGACGUGGCGGCCGCCGGCGAGCUGGCGCACGCGCUCGAGUCCAUCAAGUGGGGCACCGACUACUUCAUCAAGGCGCACACGCAGCCCGACGAGCUUUGGGCCGAGGUUGGCGACGGCGACACGGACCACUACUGCUGGCAGCGGCCGGAGGACAUGACGACGUCGCGGCAGGCGUACAAGGUCGACCGGGAACACCCCGGCUCCGACGUCGCCGGCGAGACCGCCGCCGCCCUCGCCGCCGCAUCCAUGGCCUUCCGGGAGACCAACCCGCACUACGCCCACCUGCUCCUCCACCACGCUCAGCAGCUGUUCGAGUUCGCCGACAAGUACCGGGGCAAGUACGACAGCAGCAUCGCCGAGGUGAAGAGCUACUACGCCUCCGUCAGCGGCUUCCACGACGAGCUCCUCUGGGCGGCGCUCUGGCUGCACCGCGCCACGGGCCGCGCCGCAUACCUCGACUACGUCGUCGACAACGCGCACGAGUUCGGCGGCACCGGCUGGGCCAUCACCGAGUUCAGCUGGGACGUCAAGUACGCCGGCGUGCAGCUCCUCGCCACGCGCCUCCUCCUGAACGGGGAGCACUCCGAGCGCCACCGGGCCACGCUCGAGCUCUACCGGGCCAAGGCGGACCACUACAUGUGCGCAAACAUGGGGAAGAACGCAGCCGACGAGGACAACGUUGAGCGCAGCCCCGGCGGGAUGCUCUACGUGCGGCAGUGGAACAACAUGCAGUACGUCACCAGCGCCGCAUUCCUCCUCUCUGUCUACUCCGGAUACCUCUCCGGCUCCACCAGCGAGGGCGCCGCCGUCGCGACGUGCGCGGCUGGACCGGUCGCCGCCGAAGAAAUGUUCGCGCACGCGAGGACGCAGGUGGAGUACGUGCUGGGCAGCAACCCGCGCGGGAUCAGCUACCUGGUAGGGUACGGCGCCAAGUUCCCGGCGAGGGUGCACCACCGCGCGGCAUCCAUCGUGCCGUACAAGGACCGCAAGGAGUUCAUCGGCUGCGCGCAGGGCUUCGACGACUGGUUCGGCCGCCGGAGCGCCAACCCCAACGUCGUCGUCGGGGCCAUCGUCGGCGGGCCCGACCGCCGCGACAGGUUCAGGGACGACAGGCAGAACUACAUGCAGACGGAGGCCUGCACCUACAACACCGCGCCCAUGGUCGGCAUGUUCGCAAUGCUCAACCGGGUCACGCGGGAGCAAAGCUCAUUGCCGACGACCUCGCCGCGGCGAGAAAGCAGUUGAAGUGCUGCGGCGGCGUCAAGUGUAAAUUAUAGGGUAGCGGUACGUGCGCGCAGGGGAUCUGUACAAUUUUGCCCCUCCAAUUCUUUUGUUCAUUCUUUUCUGCUACUAGAUGCGAAGCCUCUUCUUCGCAGGAAAUUAUUUGUAUACGAUGAUCGAGAAAGAAAAAGGGUAGAUGCGCAUUUGACAAGCAAAUGCAAAAUCCCUCCACGUAAAUACAAGAGAAAAAUGUUACUAAUAAUAUAUCAGUUUAGUGUUCUUUGUGCAAA